AUGGCCGAUUAUCUUGCUAGUAUGUACCAAGUCCGCUACGCCACUGAGGCCGAUAUGCCAGGUUUGUGCGAAAUCAAUUAUGCCAGUUUCAAGAAAUAUCGGUUCCGCUCUGCCGUGUUCCCUGAAUCUGAUCCUGCGACCCUAAAGGAUUUCAAGGCACUUAAUGGGAUGAAGCAAAUAGCAAACCCCGAGAUGCACAUUGUUACGGUGAGCGAUUCGACGACUGGCCAUGUUGUUGCGUAUGCCCGAUGGUUUAUUCCGGAAAUUCUCGGAGUACCUCCCCAUACCUGUAACCUUAGUGAAAGAGGUGCCGCCCAGGUGGCUGCCGCUGAAAGUCCACUAAUUCAUGCGCCUCGGCCUAUGAACGAAGGGCUCUUUUUCGCACCUCGAAAGCUCCUAGCGGGCGCACGGAAGAGACAUACCAUAGCUCGAGAUAUAGUUCUUGAUUUCCUAGCCACUCUACAUACGCAUCGUGGUCGUGGAAUAGGCUCCGCACUGUUGCAAUGGGGCAUCAAGAUUGCGGACAGCUUGCAUACUCGAAUCUAUCUCGAGGCAACCUACGCUGGCUUACCGUUAUAUCGCAGGUAUGGAUGGGAGAUCCUGGAGGAGCUCGUAUUGGAUCUAGAGCCACAUGGGGAAUACGGGAAGGAGGUUUUCAUCAUUAUGCUGCGUGAGCCGCUGUCGAUCGAUUAUCCUCAAACAUGA